UUCUAGUAACACUGGUAAAUACGUUCGCUUGCUUGUUGAGCUUGAAUGAGAAUGCAAGUGCAUAUUGAAAAUUUGCUAGUUUUUGUAUAAUAUUGAAAUAAAUGUAAAGAAGAGCGAAAGCACUUUUAGUGUUAAUUAUUUCAAGUGUAUAUUAUUGGCAUUGCUGUCUUCGGAAAUCGGAAUAUUAAUAUUUUCUGUCAUAUUGCAUUGAACUUUCAUUUUCGCGUCGUCUUAAAAAUCUUGCAAAAUGACUUCAGCACUUUAUCUGGAGCAUUAUUUAGACAGUCUUCAGCAUUUGCCGAUAGAAUUGCAAAGAAAUUUCAAACUGAUGCGGGAUCUAGACGACCGCGCUCAUGGUUUAAUGAGGACAAUUGACCUUAUGGCCGACGAGUUGCUCCCUAAUAUCCCAAAAAUGGACGAGGAAACGAAGAAAGAAAAGGUAAAUACCAUCCAAGGAUUAUUUAAUAAAGCCAAAGAAUACGGCGACGAUAAAGUACAACUUGCGAUACAAACCUACGAGUUAGUGGACAAACACAUUCGUCGCUUGGAUUCAGACCUCGCACGUUUCGAAUCAGAGAUACAAGAAAAAGUAAUGAGUGCUCGUGCGGCACAGCAAGCUGCCGCGGACCAAGAGACCAACACAACGACCGUCAAAAAAGGUAGGAAAAAACACAAGGGCGGCGACAAGACCGCAGCAACUACGGGCAAGAAAAAACGCGCUGGUGCGUCUAGCGAGGACGACGCGGCCGCCACGGGCAGGUCUGCUGCCAAGAAGAAGGUGCAACGGAAGGGAGCCACUGCCACCGCCAGUGCUGCCAAAGAACAAGAAGAAAAUGCUGAUCUGGAUUCGGUUGCAGGCAUGGCACAUCCUAGUGAUGUGCUUGAUAUGCCAGUAGAUCCUAAUGAACCUACAUAUUGUCUCUGCCACCAAGUAUCAUACGGAGAGAUGAUUGGCUGUGAUAACCCUGACUGCCCCAUUGAGUGGUUCCACUUUGCCUGUGUUGACCUUAAAAUAAAGCCCAAAGGUAAAUGGUACUGUCCUAAGUGUACGCAAGAUAGAAAAAAAAAAUGAUCCACAGUGAAGCCACCCGUUAAACCCGCAGAAAAGACUGUGACUGUUAAGAAAGAAGUUAAGUGAUUUCCUAUAGCUGUUAAACGAAACCUAUACUAAAAUAUUGUAAAGAAAUGUGAUGUAAUAUUUUAUCUACAUAGAUAAGUCUUUUAUACAUAUUUGUACAAAGGAAUUAUUACAAAGAGGUUUUAUAACAAAAAUAUUAUUAGUUGUAUAAAACAGUCAGGUUUCCACCUGAAUUUCUGUGAAUAGCAAUGCUGCUAACUGGCUUUCUAAGAAGUUAUCUAAAGUAGCCUAGGCCUAAAACUGUAUUAAUAUUGAAUGACAUGUUGGUUGUUGUCCAAUGGUUUUCAAUUUCAUGAAAUCAAUUAAUAUAUGAGACUGUGUGACACAUGUGGAUGGCAUUAGUCAUUAUGUUAGAGAAGAAAUAAUAUGAGAAUAUAUUAUGUAUUUGAAAAGUGUUUAUGCAAUCAACAUGUUGAUAUAUUGUUAAAUAAAUUUAAUAUAUUAUCCUAGGGUACAUAAUAGAUGAUAAUAGAUAUUUAAGUUAGGUGAAAUUCAACAUUUCAGGCCUUAUUAGCAUUUAUUAUGCAAUAAUUCUAUGGAAGAUGAUUAUAAUGCAGAUCCCUCAUGGGUCAAUAGAACAUUUUUGUUGACCUUUGUGUAAAAUGCCUUCAUCGAAACACAUCUUAAUAUCAUUAAGGAAAAAUAACAAUUUUAUGUAAUAAGCAAUUAUAUUUUUAUAAAGGUGCAAGCUACUGAAAUUAAAAGCAAUCUGUGUGUAAUUUUUUCAUAAUUUAUUCUUUUUAUUGUUUUUUUUUCCAAAAUUGCAAUGAUCAAUAAAGUUACAUGCCAAUAUUGAGUUUAUUUACAUGCAGUUUGUGAACUGGGUCAUUUUCGUUAUUGGGACAUGAAUGUAAAUUUACUUUCACUAUUUAUGUAAGCAGUAUUAUUCAAGGAUUUGACAUUAAUCUAUCAGCAGCUAUUAUAUAUGGGGCUUCAUUUUCUCCGUGGUUUGCAGACAAUAUCUGUACAUACUAUAAAUAGCUAGAAAAAUACAUUUUAUUGCCACAAUUAGUGUUUAAUUAUAAUGUUAAUCUGAACUUGAAUGACUGAAGUUUGCAAUAGCAUAGAGUAGAUUGAUUUUUAAAUGAAGUACGUAUUUUUGUUUCAUUUAUUUUUACUACCUGUAAAAGUAAGUAAUACUGUUUAAUAGCAACAGGAAUAUUAUUCCUUCUUCAGAUACUUCAAAUAGUUAACCACUCACAUUGAUUUAAUAUUAUAAUUCUUUAGUUCAAUAAUGUGUUGAAAAUGUGUGUUAUUUAAUUCCAAAAAAAAUGAUUUGAAACAUUCAAUAAAAUAUAUGGAAAGGUUCUUAAUGUUUUAUUUAAUGUUGCUCACAAUAAUGACAAUGUGGCCAAGUGCUUAAUUAAUUAAUAUUGUUUAGUAUCAUUAAUAAACAUUGGGACAGAUAUUACAUGUUACUGUAUCUUGUUACAUCUAGACUUGUUUUAAUAAACAUGUGAUGUGUAAAUAUUUU